GCAAGUAACAGGCGCUUCUUCUCUUCCCCGCUCUCUGAUACUAUACACAGCAACACUCCAUUCUCCAACCUUUAACAGUCCUUGCAAUUUCCCCUUUUUACCAAACAAAUAAUGGAGAGGAAGAGGAUUCAUAAUAAUAUUGGUAACCAAAGAAACGACCCGAACUCUUCCACUUCAACCCGUAACAUCUUUGGAGGCAAUACAGUACAAGUAAGUGGAGAUGGUUCUUCACUCUUAAUCGGUAGCGUUAUUGAAAAGGGUAUCUCCGAAAAUCAACUGAGCUUCGGUCCUACUCCUCCGCCUAAUUCCACCGUUUUACCCUUCCCUGUGGCUCGUCAUCGCUCUCAUGGACCCCACUGGGGUCCAAUGAGUAGUAAAACCGUUGCGUACAAUAGUAAUGGAAAUGGUGAGGACGGUGAGGAUACUGAUUCAACUGAAUUUGAUCGAAUAUCUGCAUUUGCCAAGCCAGUUGAGAGGAAGCAGAAAAAAGGUUUGAACCUUAGCCAGUGGAGAAAUGUAAUUUCGAGCGAUACUUCCGUUGAGGUUGAUAAGAUGGAAGUUAAUAGGCAACAGUUUAGGAAGUCAGGGAAGCAUCUAAAAGACGUACAGCCAGUUGAUAACAUUGGCAAGAGUAUUAUCGCUUGUGAUUCCUCUCUAGUUGAUAAGACACCAGUGGAACUGGAUGUAACACCUCCGCAUAAAAUCGGGGAGUCCAUAUUGAGUGAUAUGGAGAUAUAUAAUUCACAUCAACAACGGCAUAUUCAGGAUUCUACUGAAAGCAUGUAUGAUACUGGUGGUCCUAAAACACAUGUAGAAAAGAUGGUGAAGACUUAUCCUGCAUUAAGGGAUACGCUGAAAAAGCGCGAGCAGACAUCUUCAACUGUUGUUUCUACUUCAAAUUUGAACAAUAUUACAAAUGAACAUGGAACUAUCUCCAUCAAGAGUGAGAUUGAUGCUGAAAAUCGAGCACGGUUGAAGGGUAUGUCACCUGAAGAGAUCAUAGAGGCACAGGAGGAAAUAACGCAGAAGAUGAACCCUGCAUUGGUAAACUUACUGAAAAAACGAGGUCAAGAAAAAUUAAAGCAGAAACAACUUCCGAGUUCAGAUGAAAUUAUGAGUGGUGAACUCAGUGAUGCUCUUGGUGAGAGUCAAUCUAUCAAAAACACAAAUGUCUCUCUUCAUGCAAGGAAUGACAGUGCUGAUAUGAUGGCAGUUAAUACCUCAACAGAUACAAAGACCGGCCAAGAUGAUGAUCUUGGCCCAGGCAAAGGUAGUUUGUGGAAUAAGUGGAGUGAGAGAGUUGAGGCUGUUAGGAACAUGAGGUUUUCUUUGGAGGGUAGUGUUAUUGCAGACGAAUCAGCGACUGGUGAUAUAAGUGGUGACAAUAAUGACAGUACUGUUAAUGUCUCUGAACGCGAUUUUUUGCGGACUGAUGGUGACCCUGCUGCUGUGGGAUACUCAAUCAAAGAAGCUAUAGAGCUCACCAGAAGUGUUAUUCCGGGACAACGGGCCCUUGCAUUGCAUCUUCUUGCCUCUAUACUUGAUAACGCAAUACACAACAUUCAGCAAAAUCAAGUUGGGUGCACUAUGAGAAGUUCUAACUUAAUUGACAAACUGGUAGACUGGGAGGCUAUUUGGGCUUAUGCACUUGGCCCAGAACCGGAACUUGUUUUAUCAUUGAGGCUGUGUCUUGAUGAUAACCAUAGAUCAGUUGUUUUAUCUUGUGCAAGAGUUAUACAGUGUGCACUGAGUUGUGAUUUGAAUGAAAGUUUCUUUAAUAUUUCAGAGAAAUUACCGACAUAUACCGGUGAUAUCUUUACCGGCCCUGUAUUUCGAAGGAAACCAGAAAUUGACGGCCGGUUCCUCCAUGGUGGCUUUUGGAAGUACAGCGCUAAACCUUCUAACAUUUUGACUUUCAGCGAAAAUGUCAAUGAAGAUGAGACUGAAGGGGAACAUACAAUUCAGGACGAUAUUGUAAUUGCCAGUCAAGAUUUUACUGCUGGUUUAGUCAGGAUGGGAAUCCUUCCUAGGCUGCGGUAUCUUCUAGAGGGUGAUCAUAAUGCAGCCUUACACGAAAGCGUAGUUUCAAUACUUGUUGCAAUAGCUAGGCAUUCCCCAACUUGUGCGAAUGCAGUUAUGAAGUGCCAAGGACUUGUCCAUGCAGUUGUCCACAAAUUUACUAUGGGAGAUACAACAGAAAUUAAUUUUUACAAGAUAAAAUCUGUUACUCUUAUAAAGGUACUGUUUCAAGCUGACAAGAAAAAUUGCAUUGAGUUCAUGAACAAUGAGUCCUUUCAGGCUUUGACUCAGAAUCUGUUCCGAUACACUUCCUCCCUUGAUCACUGGAUGGAGCAUGGGAAGGAAAGUUGUAAACUGUCAUCUGCUUUAAUUGUUGAACAACUACGUCUUUGGAGGAGCUGCAUCAAUUAUGGGUUUUGUAUAUCAUACUUUUCAGAUAUCUUUCCUGCCUUGUGCUUGUGGUUGAAUCCACCUACAUUCAAAAAACUCAAGGAGAAUAAUGUUCUAUGUGAGUUUGUUUCUAUCUCUCGAGAGGCAUAUCUUGUGCUGGAGGCCUUGGCUAGAAAGCUUCCAAGUCUCCAUUUACAGGAGGAACAGUACAAUCAAAUCGUACAUUGUGCUAGUCAUUUACAGGAAAACUGGUCUUGGAGUUUCGUUACCCCCAUAGUCGAUUUAGCUUUAAAGUGGAUAGCACUAAAGAAUGAUCCAUGCUUUGCUAAAUACAUUGAGGGGAAAAAAGGUACGGGGAGCUGCUACACUGCCCAAGAUUUAUCUAAUAGUUCAUUGUUGUGGGUGUUUUCAGCUGUCAUGCAUAUGCUGUCAACAUUGCUUGAAAAAGUGAAGCCAGCGGAGACCAUGAUGGCAGAAGGAUAUGACGAGCAUGUACCAUGGUUGCCCGAGUUUGUUCCUAAGAUUGGACUUGAAAUUGUUAAAAACCAGAUCUUCAGCACCAGUCGUAGAGAAGAACCAGAACAUUUCUAUGAAGAUGGUGCUUUUGUUGAGGAUUUGUGUUUUUUGAGAAAGCAAAAUGACGACGAAUCUUCAUUAGCUGCUGUAUACUGCCUUCAUGGUCUUCUUAGGGCUAUAACUACAAUUGAUGACUUGAUCAGAUCGGCUAGAAGUGCAAUCAGUAACCCUCCAUCGCCAGGAUAUAGUUUCUCAAGAGAAGAGAAAAUACUUGGCAAUGGGAUACUAAAAAGUUAUCUUGUUGACUGGAGAUACGUGCUCAAUGUUUUCAUGAAGUUGAUAGAAUCACAGUGGCAUCUUCUGCAGUCCAUUGAAACUUUUAAAAGAGGAGGACCUGCUCCAGGGGUUGGAGUUGGCUGGGGUGCUUCCGGUGGAGGAUUUUGGUCGGUGCCUGUUUUGCUGGCUCAAGCAGAUUCACGAUUACUAAUUGACAUGGUUGAAAUCUUCCAAAUGAUGUAUAGCACAGAAUUUCCAACAGAUGAAGAGAUGGCUUCUGCAAUGCACAUGCUUAACUCUAUCUUAGAAGCAUGUUUAACUUUUGGACCAAGGGAUGGGGUUGUGAUGGAUAAAGCGUUACACUGUUUGCUUCAAGUCCCCGUUUUUAGGUAUUUCAGUCUCUGUACCCAACAUUUUAUCAAAGUAAAUAAGAAGAUGAAACCAUUUAGCUGGGAAUAUGAAGAAGAGGACUACUUGUUAUACAGUACAAUUUUGGCUUCUCACUUUAAAAAAAGAUGGCUAUCUGCCAAGCAAAAAUUGAAAGUUAAGGAUGAAAAUAAUACUUCUCGGAACAAAAGUUUUAGAAAAGGCGGUGUUUCUCUGGAGACUAUACACGAGGAAUUUGAAACGUCAACAAGUAUUAGCAGUCAAGAGUGGGCCCACCAGAGAUUGCCGCUUCCUGCGCACUGGUAUUUUAGUCCAAUCUUAGGAAUCAAUGACCAUAUCGAAGUUGCUAAAGGGGGAUUAUUCUUUAUAUUAGCAAUGGAAGUCAUGUCGACAUUCGUAUCAAGUAAUAUCGACUCUCCCGUUUCCAGCAUUCCUUUGGUAUGGAAAUUUCACUCAUUAUCAGUCGCAUUACUUGCUUGUAUGGAUGUGCUUGACGAUAAAAAGAGUAGGGAUGUUUAUGAAGCCUUGCAAGAUAUUUAUGGUCAGCUUCUUGAUAAAGCAAGAUUUGCCAGGGACGAACAUGUGAAUUUAUUAUUGGAUAAAUCUGUUGUGGAGGUUUUGAGGUUUCAAUCUGAGAUCCAUGAGAGCUAUUCUACUUUUUUUGAGACACUUGUGGAGCAAUUUUCCGCUGUAUCUUAUGGUGAUGUAAUUUUUGGUCGCCAAGUUUCCAUAUAUUUACACCGUUCCACUGAAGCACCUGUUAGACUUCAUGCGUGGAAUGCACUAUCCAAUGCUUCUGUUCUUGAAAUUCUUCCGCCGGUGGACCAAUGCAUUGGCGAGGGAGAUGGGUAUCUCGAACCUAUUGAGGAUAAUGAAGACAUUUUAGAAGCUUAUGUGAAGUCUUGGGUUUCUGGCGCUCUGGACAGAUCCUUUGUGCGAGGAUCAAUGGCAUUCAUUCUAGUUUUGCACCACCUUUCAUCUUUCAUCUUCCUUGUGUGUCAUGAUAAGAUGUCAGUGAGAAAUAAGCUUGUAAAGUCUCUACUGCGAGAUUGCUCCCAGAAGCAAAAACACAAGCAGGCAAUGAUGAUGGAACUUGUAGAGUAUAGUAAGGGAUGCACAUCUGAAAUGCCCUUGCAGAGCAGCGAUAUCGGCAAAAGGUUUGAAAUACUUGCCGAAGCUUGCGAGCGAGAUUCGUUCCUUUUAACUCAAGUGGAGAAUUUAAAGUCCGAUUUUGUAAAGAAACACAAUGUUGUGACAUAACUUUAAGUUAAUGCAUAUAAACCUGAAGGACUUUGAAUUUGUUCCAGUUCUUUCUAUUUUCUUUUUCUUUUUCUUCA